ACUAAAUUAUAUUGAUUGAAAUAUGAACUUAUGUCCCCAUUUAAAUCUCUUUGUCUGUCUAGUUAUUUUUUGACUUGUUUCUUAUCUCCUACAACUAAAAAGACUAAAAUAGGGACAUUUUUUUGGUGCGCUUUUGGUUUCGUCAGCUAACCGGUCGUGCGUCCGCUGCGGGGUUAACUUGGAAACCCCCCAUCCCCUCCGUGAUCCCCUCCCCCUUUCCUAUCUUGACCGUGAGCACCAGAGACCCCCGAUCCCCUUCUCCUUUCCAACGUGCGCAGAGACCAGACCCCCGAUCUCCUUCCCGCAUCAUCGCCUCGCCUAGCAGGGACUCGGAGAAGCUGCGGCACCCUCCGUGAUCCGCAUCGACUCGCCUCCGUGAUCUGCAAGUCCCUCGUCGCCGGUGGCGUCGCGGGAGGAGUGUGAGUCCCCGUCCCUUCACUCGCCUUCUCCCCUGCUCCGAUCCUGUCCGCGAGGAAGCUCGCACGCGUCCCGAUCUCGGUUUUCCACGUGGGCGCCGUGGGGCUGGGCGCCAGCGGCCGCGUCUAUGUCGGCGUUAGCGUCGAGUUCCACGGCGUCCCGCUGUGCCACUCCGUCCACGCGGAGCAGUUCCUCGUGGCCAACGCCGCCGCCGCGGGGGAGUCCGCGCUGCGCGCCGUCGCCGUCUUCCACAUGCCCUGCGGCCACUGCCGCCAGUUCCUCCAGGAGAUCCGCGGCGCGACGGGCAUCCAGAUCCUCGUCACCAGCCAUGCCGAGCAGGGCCUCGCGCCCGAGUGGCGCAUGGUGGCGUCCCACCUCCUCCGUCCCUUCGAGGCGCACGACAACGCCCUGGGCGAUCCCGUCGUCGCCGCGGCCGCCAAUGGCUUCGCCCCCGGUGACCUGGACGCGCGCCUCAGGGAGGCUGCGGAGGCGGCCGCGCGGGCGGCGCACGCGCCGUACAGCCAGUGAUGGUCGGGCUUCGCGGUGGCAGACGGUGACGGGAGGAUCUACGCCGGGGGCUGCCUGGAGUCCGCUUCCCUUCACUCGCUUUCUCCCCUGCUCCGAUCCUGCGUCAUCAUCGUCCUCCUUCUCCUCCGGUUCUCCUGGGCUUGGAUUUAUCCUCACGUGCGUGUGCCAUUCGGUUGUUCUAGGUGUGGGUUUCCAUGAUUGGGUUCGGCUCUGGGAUUUCAAGUAUGCUUUGACAGCUUCUGAAGUUUGCAUUCAUGCAUGUAUCUGUAACCUGUUUGCAGAUUUGGAUGUGUUAAAACUUAAUAAAGCUCACAUCUUAUAUAUAGCAUAUCUCAGGAACUGGCUAUGCUGCAGUGCAAUUCAUGUAACUUCUGCUGCCAUUCAGGAAUUGGUUAUAGUAACUUUUCGGUCUUUGUUGUGCAAUUGGCCCUGCAGUUUGUUGAUACUGAAGAGUUUCAGAGGUGACUUGAGUUUAGUUAAUUACCUCUUCUCAUUUAUCUAUUCAGCUUCUUUAUGGCCUAAUCAUGAUUUUUGAUUUCAACAUAUCAUGCUAUUUAGGUUGCGCGACUUGAAACAACUAGGUCUUACAUAUCUCGUCUAUCCUGGAGCGGUUCACACACGCUUUGAACACUCAUUAGGUGUCUAUUCAUUGGCGGGAAAGGCUAUAAAUAAUCUUAAGACAUAUCAGGGAGAAGAGUUUGGCAUUGGGCUAUUAGACUGUAAAGCUUGCAGGUUGGUCGACACAUCCAGGGCACAUUAAUUAUCAAACAUCUUUGUGAUCCCGGACCUGUGUUAGGCAAGCUCUUGGAGGUCACGUACUGCUGUUGGUCCACUCGAACGAUUGAAAAUCUUGCUUCAGGUUCAAAAUCCACACAGCAUUAAGUACAACGGUACUCUUUUAACCUGAAAUUGGGGAAUUCUAUGGACUUACCGUCAACAGACUGGGGAAGAGAAUAAUUUGAUCAUAAUGAAAGAUAUGCAAAAUAAUGAAGGUCGUACACCUUUUGAAGACUUGACAAACACCAUCAAUUGUGGUGGCCAGUCAACAUCAAAUUCACGAGAACAAAUUGAUGAACGUGUGCAACGUAAAUGGGAAAGAGAAAAAGCACGAAGUGCAUCAAUGACUCAAGAACAAAGGGAAGAUAAAAAUAAAAAACUUAGGGAAAAGUAUCAUCAAGAAAAGUCUGAAAAAGUGCAAUACGUCGUGAACGAUAUCAUCAGAAAAAACAUGUAAACCUUGGUUUAUGAAUUCAAUGUUGUCAUUUUUUUUGUUUAUUUAAUAUAUACUGAUGUAUAUGUUGACUAGUUGGAGUUGAAUCAACCAUGAAAAACUAUGAUGGCGAUGAAGAUAGUGAUUGGCUACAUCGAGACACCUCACUCAUGCAUAUUGAUAAAGAUAACACAUGUAUCGAUUUGGGCUUUUUUCCUUGUACUAAUUUUAUUUUCUUAUGCUUGUAUGAUGUCGAGGACAAGGUUAAUACAAUUUUAUUAUAUAUAUGUAGACGAUUACUCCAAUAUAUGUAUAGAUCAAAGCGGCAUGAUUGACA